AUGGGCAUCACCAAGCACCGACUCUUUUCGGGCGCUCCUGCCCAGACUAUUACGCAAGCUUCCUCUGCAUUUUCCACUCCUGAGCAGGAGGUCGCCCAUCCUCACGAACAUUCACCCAACCAAUUCUUCAGCGCACAGCAGGCUCUUGCUUGGUCUGGUGCUAAUACUCAUCACCACCUGAGGAGGCUACAAUGCCCACGGCCGACCUCUGCACCAUAUUCCUGCCCUGAGCCUCAUCAGACCGAAGCGUACCACGAAGGCAUCCGAGAGCAACACCCGACAAAGUCUUCUGGGGAAGACGACUGCUGCUGCAUCUUGAGGAGCCCACGCCCGAGUGCACUCCUCGGCACGGUAUUCAUCAUGGCACCCAAAACUUUCCACUCUUUCCCGCAUUUGCCGCCCGAGAUCCGAGCCCUCAUAUACGAGGCAACAAUCCAGCCUCGCGUUGUCCAUGUUCAAGAGAGACACGAGUGCAAAGCCAGAUUCAUGGAGCGUUUCCGCACGAGCGUUCUGCCACCCGACUUCGAAAUUGACGACGACCACGUCCAUUUCGCAUACAACUGGCUGUACAACCUAGAUAUCGAUACGCCAGCGUCUCAGAAGACCCUUGAUGAUUGCGGCUUCAGCGUACAAAAGAAGGCAGAAGAAGGCCCGAAGCGGAAUAGGUUCCUCGGCGAUUUAACCCCCGAAAUCAAGCUCAAUUGGGUCAUGGAUUAUCAGGAGGUUGCCUGGGACCUUAUGCGCAAGGCAGCUUUAUUCAGCCAUGCCCCGGUACCAGCACUACUGCAUACAUGCAAAGAAUCCAGAGGGACGCUACAGGUCCAGGGUUACAAGCUCGCUUAUGCAACCAGAUCCGCUCCUGCCCUGACUUGGUUCAAUUUCGACAUCGACACCUUGUUGCUGAAGGCAAUCGACCACACUUGCACUGUUCCGCUUCCCGAUGGCCACGACUGGGACGUCACGCAAUUUAAACCAGCAGACCUGUUUAGGGUCAAGCAACUGGCACUGUCGGGAGCACAAAAGCUCCUUUUGAUAGACGGAGAUGACAUCUUCCCAUUCGGUUUUUUCACAGAUCUCUUUGAAUGCCUGGAGGAGCUACACAUUAUCGAGUGGCUACCACAGAAUUUCUCUGAAAAGACCAGUCGGCCUCCUACCCAGAAUCAGGCAGAAUGCUGUUGCCAUCACGACCCUGACAAACCAUUGUGCUUGUACGAAGAACUUUUCCCAGAUUUGGAAGACCAAGAGUCUUCAUGUGGUGGUCAUGACAAGCAAGACACGCUUGCUGAUGAAGAACCCAGCCAUGACUAUGACGAGAACCACUGGAAUCACCUCGAACCUGCUGACUUUCAUGGAAAUGGGGAUUUCGACUCUUCCCGAAGCAUCUACACGCGAGAGGCAUGGACAAUUGUUCCGCAGGCCGAAGAGGAUAUGUACAUCCAGAGUCGGCAACACAAAUACCAUGUCCCAUGGGAUAUGGAACUGGAAACUCUUUCGCAACACGAAGAAUAUCUGUCUCUCAUGGGAUACCCCGACGAUGACAUAUAUGAGUAUUAUGAAGUUGCAACCAGGAGAUUGCAAGUUCUGCUUGAGGAGAUGUGCCGAUGGAUCCCGGAGAUUGUUGUGUCUCACGUUAUCCCAGACAGCUCAACAUUGGAAAGUCUCCAGAACCUCCGACGACUUGUAUGGAAAGACAUCAGUCUUGCAGGAGGCAUUUGCCGCUGCCGCGAAUGCCGCUAUGGCCUCCAUGGCCGGGCUCUAGCAUAA